AAGUUGUCAUUCUCCGAGUCCAAACACUUCCUACUUCCGCAAACACAGCUCUGUGCAGCUUCCCUGUUGAUGUGUUGAUCACUGCUCCUCUCUUUAUUCUCUUUAUUCUCUUUCUUCUCUUUCUUCUCUUUAUUCUCUCCAUCACACUUUGAUGACGUCAUGACGGCCUCGGAGCCUCCGGGCCUGGAGACCCAGCGCCGGGACAUUCAGUCUCUGCUGCGGGACACUGAGCUCCGUGCUGGGGACAGCUGGUAUGUGGUGGAGCGUCGUUGGUAUGAACAGUGGAAGGAGUUUGUGGAAACCGGAGAUCAGAACUCGUCGUCCUUCCCGGGUCAGAUCGACAACACCGAGCUGUUCGAGGAUCUGGACUCGUACCACCUGAAGGAGCGUCUGGUGGAGAACGAGGACUUCAUGUUGGUGCCGGCUGACGCCUGGCACAAGCUGCUGGUCUGGUACGGCGUGGUGGACGCUCAGCCGCCGCUGGAACGCAAGGUGGUGGACCUGCCCAGCACCCUGAAGGUCGAGGUCUACCCUGUUGAGAUCUUCCUCUGUCUCCAUAGCAACAUGGAGAAUGUCAUCACCACACAGUUCAGCCGCGCAGACAACAUCCAGUCGAUCCAGCGGGCGAUGUGUGAGGCGUUCGCGGUGCCUGUGGGUUCAGAGUGUCGUCUGUGGAUGAAGAGUUCAGACAGCAGCUGUGAGCGUCUCAGGAACAUCCACAUGAGCGUGCUGGACGCCUGUCUCAGCUCCGGAUGGUGAGACACAAACAGUCAUACGGUGAUCAUGGAGACGAGGAAUGCUGACGGCACCUGGCCGAGCUCCAGACCACAGAUCAUGAGGAACUCUGUGGAGGAGCAGGACUCGUACCGAGGACAGCCAGGAGUCUGCGGCCUUACCAACCUGGGCAACACCUGCUUCAUGAACUCUGCUCUGCAGUGUCUAAGUAACACGCCUCCUCUGACUGAGUACUUCCUGCAGAGCUCGUACCUGGAGGAGCUGAACUUCACUAACCCUCUGGGUAUGAAGGGAGAGAUCGCCGAGGCGUACGCUGACGUCAUCAAACAGAUGUGGUCGGGGAGGCAUUACUCGGUGGUGCCGCGCGUCUUUAAGACGAAGGUGGGUCACUUUGCGUCUCAGUUUCUGGGCUACCAGCAACACGACAGUCAGGAGCUUCUGUCCUUCCUGCUGGACGGUCUGCACGAAGACCUGAACCGCGUGAAGAACAAAGAGUACAUCGAGCUGAGGGACGCCGAUGGACGGCCCGACCAGGAAGUGGCUGAGGAGGCGUGGCGUAACCACCGGCGGCGAAACGACUCUGUGAUUGUCGACACGUUCCACGGCCUCUUCAAGUCCACCCUAGUCUGUCCCGAGUGCCUCAAGAUCUCUGUGACCUUUGACCCCUUCUGCUACCUGAGUGUCCCACUUCCUGUUAGCAAAGAGCGCGUCAUGGAGGUCUUCUUCGUGUCUCUGGACCCGUACGCCAAACCUGCUCAGCAUCGGGUCGUAGUUCCUAAAGCAGGAAAAGUGUCCGACCUGUGCUCAGCUCUGUGUGAGAUGACCAGCGUACCACCCACCCAGAUGGUGGUGGCUGAUGUGUUCAACCAUCGUUUCUAUAAGAUCUACAAUGCGGAUGAGUCUCUGAGUUGCAUCCUGGAUCGAGACGACAUCUUUGUGUACGAGCUGAGUGUGCUGGAGGAGCAGCAGGAGGAGCAGGUGCUGCUGGCGCUCUACCUGAGGGAGCGCUCUCACUACAGAGACUACGGCUCGGGCAGCAGCUCGUACGGCACCACGCUGUUCGGACACCCGCUGCUGCUCAACGUGCCGCGCAGCAGCUGCAGCCAGGAGGCGCUCUACACCCUGUUCCUGCAGAGACUGAGGCGCUAUGUGCGUCCUCCUGACCCCUCUGAGGAAUUGGAGGAAGAAGAGGAGGAAGAUGAUGAUGAAGAGGAGCUAUACAAGACUCAGACCAAUGGCAUCAGUGAUGACGAGGAGCAGGAGGGCGCAGAGAAAGCAGAACCCUUUCAGUCUGAUCUCUGCUGCGGUGAUUCAUCAUCCAACAGCCAAUCAGACGACACCGCAACAGCCAAGCCCCUCCUCGAUCAGAACAACACACAGCCCCCGCCUGACCACGGCGACGGGGAGACCAACAACAGGUCUGAGAACCCAACUGAGCCGAUCUGCAGCGCCGACACCACGGACACGGCCAAGGAUGUGAAUCCUGGAACACACUCGACCGAGUGUGCAGAAACCAGCUCAAUACCACCUCCACCGUCCAACACCACAGAAGAAGAACAAAAAGAGGAAGACAAGCAGGAGGAGGCGUGCUCUCCCAGCCCAAAAGCCAAUGAGCAGCCAGCAAAGAGGAGGGCGUGUCGCAAGAGGAGGAAGAGUCUGUUCACCAUCCAGGCGGUCAAUUCUAACGGGACGACUGAGAGAGGGACGGGAGAGGGAGGGAGCGCCGUGUCCUUCAGUUCUCAGCCGUACGUGGCCAUCGACUGGGACCCGGAGAUGAAGAAGAGAUUCUACAAUGAAAACGAAGCGGAGAAAUACGUGAAACACAGCAGCAUGGAGGUUCCUCAGCAGCAGACCACGGUGCAGCUGCAGGAGUGCAUCGAACUGUUCACUACUGUGGAGACACUGGAGGAGGAGAACCCAUGGUACUGUCCCGUGUGUAAGAAGCAUCAGCUGGCCACUAAGAAGUUGGACCUCUGGUCUCUCCCUGAGGUUCUCAUCAUCCACCUGAAGAGGUUCUCUUACACCAAGUUCACCCGAGAGAAGCUCGACAGCAUUGUGGACUUCCCCCUUAGAGAUCUCGACUUCUCCGGCUGCCUCCUGAGGAAAAAUCUUUCGAAUGGAGAGCCUCCCAGCCGCUAUGACCUCAUCGCUGUGUCCAAUCAUUACGGAGGACUCAGAGACGGACAUUACACCAGCUAUGCGUGCAACAAAGAUAACGGUCAAUGGUAUUAUUUUGAUGACAGCAAAGUGACCUACGCCAGAGAGGACCAGAUCGUGACCAACGCUGCCUACGUCCUGUUCUACCAUCGACAAGACAAGAUCAGAAAACCCACUCUGCCCGCCCCCAACACAAGCCCCGCCUCCACCACCCAGCCCGCCAACGACAUCACCUCCUGCAAAGACGAGGAGGCCGAGCCGAGUGCCGCCUCUUACGUCACCAUGGAAACGGACUGAAAGAAGCCCGUCUCUCGUGGUCAUGACCUCAGAGUGCACUUGAACUGUUUCAGACUCAACAUGUUUAUUUUUGUUUGUUUUUAUUGGGGUGUGAAAUCGUGACACUCAGGUAGUUUGACGCACGACGAGCUCCAUGUUUAUAUUAAAGUCGACUUUAAAAACAUUUUACAUUUCUAAAGACGUUUUAAAAACAGGAAGUGUCCGACCGUUUUAAAUCUGA